ACACUGCAAAUACCACUUUUCAACGUUAGUGUGACAUCAUAUUUCAUUUAGUAUUCAGAUGUAUGAAUGGGAUUAAUUUGCUUCUGUUGGUCACGAAGUUCCUCUGGGUCUAGAUACGUCAACCAGCAGGUGUAUUCUCAUCAUUCAGUAAUGACAUCAAGGGCGUAUCUAUAUGACUUAGUAGUUGUGUAAGCCUACACAAUUCUAAAUAUUUUAAAUUACAAGGGAAUCUCCACUGCUUAUUCCAAAAUAAAGCGUGGUCAUUCUGCUGUUAGUCAGCCAGCAAGAUUUUCCUCCUCCACAGAGGACUUCAUGCUGAGGCGUAUAGGACUCAGGGGCGUUAUUAGACACCUUGUCACGUCGAAUGUUGUCCUCGGCCUGAUACUUCUUGAUUAAUGGACACAUCAAAUAUGAGGAUGUACCUCUCAGCCAACUGCUGUUCUCAAAUGCAUGACAACUCGUCAUUGAUGAGGGAACAAUUUAAAGCAUUUGUUAUUCCAACAGGGGGCAAUAAUACUGAAUUAUGGGGGCAAGUGUCCGUAUAUAUUAAUAUGUUAAGAUUUAGGUUUAGUAAUAUCUUAGGACGUAAAACAUAUUUACAACAGUCUAGAUAGCGGGUCUGGGCCACCGAUUCAAAGGGUCAUCAGGUGCACAUAAUGUCAUCUUCAUUUUCAUCGCCAUCUGCAUUCUCAUAACCGAAGUGCAGGGUUGCAGCAGUCUGACCCUCUUGCCCACAAGAUGAAUAGAGGACACAAAAGCCUUCCAAAAUUGUUGAGUGUCGUGAUAUUAUUCUGUGAGUCGUAGCCUUGUGUUUCCUUCAUAAGGGCCAGAACAGAUACUGUCAGUCCUAAUUUACUGUCUGUCUCUCUGCCCUUAAAUGUCUCACUGCCCUGGUCAUGUGGCUCCACUGUUACUAGGCGAACAUUCUUUUUACAGUUCAUGUAUCAUUACAGUCAACUGACAGACUUGUUUAAAGACUAAAUAUCUGUUAAAUAUUAUAUAUGAUGUAUCUUUUAGAUCUUUAGCCAUGAUUUAACAUACAAGUUGCUUUAAGAAUUCCUAACAUGAAAUAUGAUCAUACCAAAAUUCAGACAUCAAAUAUAAUUUUCAAAGUUUCCCUCUAUAUUCGUUGUCAUUCUAAAAGCACAGUUAACACUAUUAUCGCUCUACACGGAGAUCACUGAAGGGUAAUGGUGGAACAUACUGCUCCAUACCAGGUCCAACACAGUCCAAAUGGAAAUGUCAAACAUCAAAGAUUGGACACAUGUGUUUGGUGUAUGGGUUACUGAUUGUGUUUCGGAUACAUUCUUUAUUAAUUCAAUUCUUUUUGUUUUGUAUACCCCAAAAUCCAUAAGAACCUAGGUAGAACAACAGAGGAAGAAUCUCUGUUGGCUUUAAGCUAAAUAUGGUUGGAUAUAAGUAUGGAAUUUGUGCCUGCUACAUCUAAAAUGUAUAAAUAAAUAAUGUGUAUGAAUCCUAAACUUUUAACUUUUACUAAGAAUCACAUGAUACGUUUAAUCAAAAAGUCUAUGGAAACCACAUGGCAGUGAUGUCAUGGAAGGUCCCUCGGUAGAGUACAAAUAGAGCUAGAGAUGAGGAAACACGCAGAGUGGAAGUGUGAUUGUUGGUGAGAUGGAACUGAAGCUGCAGCUCAGUGUCUUCGUGUUACUCAUACAGGUUUCCCUUGCUGUGUGGCGUCAUGUGACUGUGAUAAAGGGGGAGACACUCCGCUUAAGCUGCCCUGUUACUGACGCUAACAUGACCCCUGUUGACUGGAAGAACCCUGAAGGAUAUAUUAUGUUCUUUAAUCGCCAAAAAGCCUUACAGGACAAGCGCUACAGCAUCAACAAACUGUCUCAAACAAAGUUCAUCAUCAGUAUUUCCAAAAUCACCUUCAAAGAUGGUGGCAACUAUACAUGCUCUCAAUAUGGCGCACACACAACAGAGAAGAAAGUGGAGGUGACGGUCUUAGGCCGUCCAAAAAUGGAAGUAGCUGAGCAUGAAGGAAGGUUUGUCAUAAAAUGCUCUGCUAAGGGGAACCACUAUCCUCCUCAAAUUUCUUGGAAAAUGAAUAAUUCCCCUGAAGUUCUUGCACAUAACAUGGAAGAAAUUAGAAGUAACACGACAUAUGCCUCAAUGGCUGUGCUACAUGUUGACUCAGUGGAAAGGAGGACCACAGUCAAAUGCCUUGUUCGCCAUCCGGCUCUCCACUCACAACCUCUGAUGAACUUUGUCAACAUUAUACAACACCCAACAAAGUCCCGGCACACAACCACAACUAAUUACCCCACAACCCAGCCUCGAGGGUCAACAGGGGUGCCAGCAGGGCACCUUGCAACCACACACAUGUUCUCCCAUGAACCAAAGACGGUCCCCAGUGGACGUCCUCUGAUCCCCACUGGCUCAACUCUCACAACCAAUGACUGGACGUCUGUCUCCGAGACAACAGAGGGCAUCACAUCCAAUAACAAUACAGUUGGAAACACAACAGGAAGCAUUAAUGACCCAAAGAUGUGGACAGGACCUGAAGGAAGUUCCUCAUUAUUGGUCUUCCUGGUAACAUGCCUGCUCUUUGGUCUCCUUGUGGUUGUCAUUUUCUUUGCAAUCAAGCUCAGGAGAGCACACACCGCCUGGAAAAGAGUUUUUAUUGUUACAGAGAAUGAAGAUACUGUUCCAUCAGAGGAGAGCAGUAAAUCCAAAUCAAGCCAAGAAGAGAAGAACGUGCAGGGACAGAAGCAAAGAGGCUUUUUCAACACAGCAUUCACACAGUACGUCGUUGAAAAACCAACAGCGAUAAGCUCUGUGAUGAAGGGAAAUUCAAUGGCAGCAACAGAGAGUGUAAAUCCACAAUCUCAAAAUCAACCUCAAACCCUGAGACAAACUUCAGCCCAGAGAGACAUAAAGGAGACAGAGCUAUGACAAUCUGUAAAAUACUGUACAUAUAUCAAUAAUAGCAUGAGCACCACCAGAAUGCUCACAUAUUAGAAUGAGUUGUUUUUUACAAUGACGAAAUGUAUAUUUACAUCUUAGAAAACAAUGUGACAAUUUGCUUUUUACAGUUUAUAUAUUGUAUGUAUUUUGUCUUUACAUCAACCAAUAAAUGAUGUUUUGCUCAAACACA